AUGAUUCAAUCUAUGCAUACCGGAAAAUUUUUGAAAUUACAAGGGCAAGAGGCUUGGGAAGCUCUUGAAGAAUUGUCUGUUAAUUCACAACAAUGGAAUUAUUCUGAGCCUAGGUCUAGAGCAAAUAAUUCACCUAAAAGAGGAGGAAAAUAUGAAAUUAAAGAAGAAACUGAUUUGAGAACAUCUUUUGAAAAAUUAGCAAGAAAAGUAGAAGCCUUAGUCAUAAGUCAAACUAUGAAUUCUCAUGUUCAACCUAAAAAAGAGGUUUGUGAUAGUACUUGUCAUAAUGAUCAAUCAUGUCCUUCUUUUCUUGAAACAUUUUCCGAAGAGGCUAAUGCAUUACAUUCAUAUGGUAAACCAAAUGAUAGCCCAUUUUCAAACACAUACAAUCCUAAUUGGAGAAACCAUCCCAAUUUUUCAUGGAGACAAAACCAACCACAAAUGAACCAAGGAAACCAAUUCAACAUGCCAAAUCCGAAUCAUGCCCAACCAAGUCAAACUUACCCUCCACAAAGAAAGCCUUCCUUAGAAGACACUUUACAACAAUUCAUGCAAUCCACCCAACAAAUCAUGCAAAAUCAGUCUCAAUCCAUUGCCAAACUUGAGACACAAUUGGGUCAACUUGCCAAUGCCGUAACUGAGAGAGAAAAAGGAAGAUUUCCUAGCCAACCCGUCCCAAAUCCUAAAGGCCAAUAUGAAGUAGGAGUUCCUAGUCAUAAAGAAGAAGCCAAGUCUAUUUCAACUCUUAGGUCCGGAAAACAAAUUGUCAAACCCGAUUACAUACCUCAAGUUGAAAAAGACCAAAGCCAACCUCAAAGUUCCAACACAAAUGACUUGUCAAAAGAUAAUGAUCAAAUUCUUCCUUCCAUUCCAAAAGCUCCUUUUCCACAAAGAUUACUCCCAAUCAAGAAAGGCAACCAAUAUAGUGACAUCUUAGAAGUGUUCAAACAAGUAAGUAUCAACAUCCCCUUCUUAGAUGCCAUUAAACAAAUUCCUGCCUACUCCAAAUUCCUGAAAGACCUUUGCACUGUUAAAAGAAACACUAAUGUUCCAAAAAAGGCAUUUUUAACUGAACAAGUUAGCUCCAUAAUUCAAUAUAAAAGCCUUGUGAAAUAUAAAGAUCCUGGCUGUCCAACAAUUUCAUGCAUCAUUGGUGAUCAUUUUAUUAACAAAGCUUUACUUGAUUUAGGAGCUAGUGUGAAUUUAUUGCCUUAUUCUGUUUAUAAGCAACUUGGUCUAGGAGAAUUAAAACCAACUUCUAUAACACUUCAAUUAGCCGAUCGUAGACCAUUUUUAGCUACAUCUAAUGCAAUUAUCAACUGUCGUAAUGGUGUAUUGAAAUUAUCUUUUGGAAACAUGACUGUUGAAUUGAAUGUUUUUAAUGUUGCUAAAUCUGUUGAGUGUGAGGAAAUACAUGAAGUGAACAUGAUUAACACGGAAAAUAUGUUUGAAAUGGACAUGAAUGAAUCUUUUGAAGCUUAUGCAAAAAUGUUUGGAAUGUGCUUAAAUGUUGAUGAUUUUAUUCAUGAUGUCAAUUCUUUGCUUGAGUCUACCCCACUAAUGGAUACUGAAAAAUGGAAAGCCAAAAUUGAACCAUGUAUUCCAUUAGAGCAUGUUGAGUCAAUUCCUGAACCACCAAAGUUAGAUCUUAAACCUUUGCCCGACACUUUGAAAUAUGCAUUUCUAGGAGAGUCUAACACCUAUCCUGUUAUCAUUGCAUCUGAUUUAGAUGAAAAACAAGAAACAAAAUUGUUAGAUAUCCUUAGAAAACAUAAAAAGGCCAUAGGUUGGACCAUGGGAGACAUUAAGGGAAUUAGCCCACUUCGUGUGCAUGCAUAG